AUGCAGAACCUGAACACGUGCCUGGGUACGUACCUGGAGAAGGUUGCCACCCUGGAGGAGGCCAACAUCAAGCCGGAGCUGCAGUUCAGGGAGUGGGGGCACAGCCACGUCAAGGUCGACACCAGGGACAUCAGCACCCACCAGGUGGCCAUCGAUGAGCUCCGCUCCAAGUUCUUGGCAACCACCACUGUAGCGGCUGAGUUGGCCCUACAGGUGAAUAACAUCAAACUGGCUGCAGAUGACUUCAGAAUAAAGUUUGAGAGUGAGUUUGGCCUGCGCCAGUCUGUGGAGGCAGACAUCGGGGGGCUGAAGAGGAUGCUGGGGGAGAUGUUCCUGGCCAGCAGCGACCUGGAGAUGCAGCUGGAGGACCUGAAGGAUGAGGUGGUUUACCUCAAGAAGAACCAUAAGGAGGAGACCAUAUCGUUCAGUGCCCCGAUGAGUGGUCAGGUGCAGGUGGAGGUGGACGCCGCCCCGGCCCAGGACUUGAAUGCUGUCAUCACUGAGAUCAGAGAGCAGUACGAGGGCAUGGUGGCAAAGAGACGUAGAGAGACCGAGGCCUGGUUCAAGAACAAGGGAGCUAAAGUGGUGCAGACCACCAGUGUAGAGCUGAAGAGCGGCCAGUCCACCGCCAGAGACCUGGGACUGGAGCUGCAGUCUCCCCAGUCCACCGCCAGAGACCUGGGACUGGAGCUGCAGUCUCCCCAGUCCACCGCCAGAGACCUGGGACUGGAGCUGCAGUCUCCCCAGUCCACCGCCAGAGACCUGGGACUGGAGCUGCAGUCUCCCCAGUCCACCGCCAGAGACCUGGGACUGGAGCUGCAGUCUCCCCAGUCCACCGCCAGAGACCUGGGACUGGAGCUGCAGUCUCCCCAGUCCACCGCCAGAGACCUGGGACUGGAGCUGCAGUCUCCCCAGUCCACCGCCAGAGACCUGGGACUGGAGCUGCAGUCUCCCCAGUCCUCCGCCAGAGGCCUGGGACUGGAGCUGCAGUCUCCCCACUCCAUGAAGGCUCUAUGGAGGGGAACCUUGCGGAGAUGGAGGCUUGCUACGGAGCUAUGAUGAUGAGCCUGCAGGCGUCAGUGAC